AAGCAACAUCCUCCAACAAUGUCCAAGAUAUUACCGUUCACAGAAGCAAACACCCAAAGAAUCAGCUCGUUGUUUAGACAGUCCUUAAGGACUGCCUUUGACCACUCCAUGAAGUUUGACAUUUAUAGACAGCAAACAAUAAGCAUCAGAAAGCAAUUUGAUGCCAACAAGCAUAUCUCAAACCCUCAGGAAUUGGAAGCAGCCAUUGCCAGUACCAAAGCAAAAUUAGCCGAGUGGGCUCACCCAGACCCUUAUGUCCCACCAUGUAGACCAGGAGGUACCAAAUACCAAAGAAAUAUUCCUCCACCUAAUGAACAUGUUGUACCUGGAGACUGGUAAAGCCACGAAACAUGAGGUAAAAACGACAAUAACGGCAUUUGGAGAUCACUUAACACUUUUGUAGCUAGCAAUAGUUUCACAUAGUACAUACACGUACGACUACAAGUUUUCCAAUAGUUU